AUUUUUUUCGUAUUCCUAGUAUCCGAUUGUCAUCUAUAUGUCGGUAUUAGUCUAUAUUCUGUUUCAUAAUAUAUAUAUAUAUAUAUAUAUAUAUAAGUUUCCAGGUAGUAAAAGUUAACCAAAAAAUAAAAUAUAGUUAUUAAUUUCAUCAUAACAUUUCAUUAAUUACUUAUUAUUGUUUAUUAAUAGUUUAUUAUUAUCGUGAAUUAAUUUCAACUUUCUAUAGACAAUUUGAUUCGAGAAGACCGGGAGCGAACACUCUAUUAUUAUAUGGUUAAUACAUUUUACUAAUGUCGAAAUAAAAUGUGGCAUUCAACCUUCACAAUACUUCGUAAAGUAAUUAUUCCAUCUAUAAAAGCAAAUGCUAAAUUGUUUUAUUCAUCUAAGAGUCGUGUACCAAGGUCAACUGUGAAGUUAACAGUUGUAAGCGCCAGUGUUGGAAUUCUCGUUGGAGCGGGUUAUGGAGGUUAUACACAUUAUAAAAUAAAUGCUAAGAAGAGUUUGGCACCAGUAGACAAUGAAGAGUAUCCAUUUUUGAAAACAGCACCACUCUACAAACCUCAUUAUAAGAUAAUAAACGACGCUGACACCAGUAAUCUACAAUUGGUCCUUUUCCAAUAUAGAACAUGUCCAUUUUGUUGCAAAGUUCGCGCAUAUCUUGACUCUCGGGGUAUCAGUUAUGAUAUUGUUGAAGUCGAUGCUGUCCUUCGGCAAGAUAUUAAAUGGUCAACUUACAAAAAAGUGCCCAUUGUGUUGGCAAAGGUGGAUGGCGGGUAUCAGCAAUUAUUAGACAGUACGGCUAUAAUUUCUGUGCUGGAGACGUAUUUACAGGAUAAGUCGUCUCAAUUACGAGAAGUAGCCAAAUUUUAUCCGGUUACUACGUACCUCAAUGAUGCUGGGAAAAACACAACAGACAUUACCAACAAGUACUUUAUUAUGCACAACACUACUGUGCCCGAUGAACGUGAAAAAGCGGCUGAGAAUGAAGAACGUGAAUGGCGUCAGUGGGCUGAUCGGGUGCUUGUUCACACACUGUCACCAAAUGUAUACCGUACUGCUAGUGAAGCUCUCGAGACAUUCAAGUGGUUCGAGGAGGCAGGUGGCUGGAGACAAUCGUUCCCUAGCUGGGAAUGUGCAGUAAUGGUGUAUGGUGGAGCUACAGCUAUGUGGAUCAUAGCUAAGAGACUAAAGGCUAGGCAUAAUAUCAAAGAUGACGUCCGGCAAUCAUUGUAUGAUGCUGCCAAUGAAUGGACUGAUGCAGUUAAGAAGAAAGGCUCGCGGUUCCUAGGUGGCGAGCAACCGAAUUUAGCGGAUAUUAGUGUUUACGGUGUAUUGAGUAGCAUAGAAGGAUGUCAAGCUUUUCAGGAUUUAAGAAAUCACACCGACAUAGGUAAAUGGUACGACGAUAUAAAGCAUACUAUAGGCAGGAAAAUGGGCAAGGUAGUUGCAGCCACAGUUCAUGCAUAAUUGUAUUUAAUAUUAACGAUUAGUUUGCCCCAGCUUCACACAGUAAUUAGAUUAUUAUUUUGAUUUAUGGGUAUAUGUUACAGGGAAUAAAUAACACAAAUAUAAUACUCAAUAUCUGGGUAUAUAAAAAAUUUACGUAUUAAUGUAUAUUAGAAAAUGUAAAGCGUUUUAACAUUUUAUUUGGUUUCAAAGCUGUAUCCCAUAGUUUUUAGAGCCUUCAGACAGGAUCAUUCCAUUCAUAUUGACUGUUACAAGUUGUAUAGGAUAAUUACCAGUGAAACUUUGUUAUUAUUUAAAUAUUUAUAUGAAUUAUUAUCCUCAAAUAGUAUUUUUUUAAUAUCGUGCCUUCAGAGAUGAGUUAUGCGUGUGUUGCCUUUAGUCGUAGCCUUUGUAGGCCUGCAGGCAUCCCUGCGGUCUAUGUUGUAUUGUUUUGUGAUUUAUUCUAAGUAUUCAUCACUCAUGUUGCGAAGAUUAAAAAAAUUAUUAAAUAUUUUCCUUGUAGUUCAAAGAUUUAUUAGAGUGU